AUGAAGCAAGCCUAUCUUAUCCCGUUGUUCCUUGCAUUGCUUGGCCAAUCUGGUGUUUUGGCCCAAGGUGAUGCCGAGGAUGUUGUGGUGCCACAAAACCGUGAAUGGCUUGCCGAAGUGGACUUGUCAAGUGUACCCGAUAUCCCAUUACGUCCUGUUGGAUCGGGUAUCUGUGAAGAUGUAGCAUGCGAUGGUCCCGAAAACGAUGAGUGCUUUGAAUCAUGCGGCAACACACCUGGUGAAGAAGACAUCUAUGGUUGUCCACGCGAUCAUACAUGGGCAUUGUCUUUUGAUGAUGGUCCUAGCGAGUAUACACAUGAGCUCCUUGACUUGUUGGAAGAACACGACAUCAAGGCCACCUUUUGUGUUAUGGGCUCACAUGUCAUCAAGUAUCCUGAUGUUUUACAACGUGCAUAUGAAGCGGGUCACCAAAUCGCAUCCCACACCUAUUCUCAUCCACACUUGAUGAGCCUUACCAACGAGGAAAUCAUUUACGAGAUCAAGGCAACUGAAAAGGAAAUUGAAAAGGCCAUUGGCAUCCGUCCCAAGUACGUACGACCCCCAUUUGGUGAAGCUGAUAAUCGUGUCAAGGCCUUGUUGCGUUCUAUGGGAUACAAGAUUUUGCUCUGGAACGUGGACCCAACCGAUUAUGAUGUCUACAUGUUGCCCGAUGCUUCCAAGAAGAUCCGUGGUGCAUUCAAGAGCGCUGCUUCUGGUGUUGAUACUGGUCUUAACCCACAUGAGGAUCCUGGUUUCAUUAGCUUGCAACAUGACUUGUACAACCAAUCCAUCGCACAAGUACCCCACAUCAUCAAGUAUCUCAAGGAUCGUGGCUACAGCUUCUCCACUGCUGCAGAAUGCUUGGAUGACGAUGAACCCCAUGAAUUGCUUGAUGAAGAAUUGAUUGCUGCCCAAAGCGCAAAGACGACCAAUGCUACCGUAUCAGCAUCAUCAAGCGCUAGUGAGGAUGCAUCCUCUUCAACAUCCGCUACCAGCAGUGCUUUCAACAAGGCAUCGAACAACCACAAGGCCGCCACUACAUCGGGUGCCAACGCUGUUGUAGCUGCCACCAAAUCCGGCUUUGCUCUUGCUAUGCUGAUGCUGGGUGCCAUGUUCUUUUAA